AUAAAAUAAACAAACAUACAUACAUACACAUACUCACAUAUCUAACUAUACAUAUGCUUAUACUGUUUUGGUAAUCUUGGGCUUGUUGGGACUUGUUGAUUUGGGUAGCUGAUUCAGGUGUGGUUUCUGGCUAGUUAAGGUGUGAAUUAGAGAGGUGUGGCUAACAGCCUGCAGUUGUUGAUAAAUUAAGUGUGUUAUCCGCUACAGACGUGCACGUCUGUAGUGGUUUGUGCAAGGACUCUUUGACUCUUUGAUCAGCAAAUUUUAGUCUUUCAAUUUCAAAUCAAACAGUAAAACUUAAGAUUUGACAAUGUGCUUCCAAAUUCCUACUCUCAUCUCCUGCAACACCCGUAGACACCGGCAUCAGGGCAGAAACCGCAAUCCUAGCAACCUGUUGUACCCACCUAGUUCAUUAAGUUCUCAGGUGUUGGUGCAUGGGGGACUCUGGAAUUGCCAUUCUGCAGUUCUGAAGGCCGACUUCAUCACAGCUUUUGCCUCUGCUCAAUCUCUGGACUUCCUGGCUCUGACUGAGACUUGGAUCACUCCAGAAAACUCUGCAACUCCAGCUGCCCUGUCAUCUGCUUUUGCCUUCUCCCACUCUCCACGGCCAACCGGCAGGGGUGGUGGAACUGGCCUGCUUCUGUCUCGUUUCAUCCCGCAUCUCAGCAUGUCUCAAUGAUGUCUCGAUGUGGAUGAGUUCUCAUCACCUAAAACUCAACCCCAGCAAGACUGACCUUCUGUUCAUCCCAGGAACUACAAGCCCUCACAACAAUCUCUCCAUCUCUUUCGAGAACUCACUGGUCACUCCAUCGGCAGAAGCAAGAAGCCUCGGUGUAGUAAUGGAUGACCAGUUAUCGUUCUCAAGCCAUAUUGCAAAUCUGACUCGGUCAUGCAGAUUUCUCCUGUACAACAUCCGAAGAAUUCGACCGUUUCUGUCUCAGGAUGCCACUCAGGUGCUUGUGCAGUCUCUUGUCAUCUCAAGACUUGACUACUGCAACUCUCUACUGGCUGGUCUUCCACUGCGAGCCACCAAACCACUACAGUUAAUUCAGAACGCGGCAGCACGACUCGUCUUCAAUCUUCCGAAGUUCAGUCAUGUGACUCCUUUGCUGCGUUCCCUCCACUGGCUUCCUGUUGCCGCCCGCAUCCGGUUCAAAACCCUGACGCUGGCCUACAAGGCAAAAAACGGACCAGCACCUUCAUACCUGAUGGCGAUGGUCAAAGCCAGAUCUGCACCAAGAGCACUUAGAGCUUCCAGUACGGCUCGGCUCGAACCUCCAUCACUCAAAACACACAGAAAACAGACAUCCAGACUCUUCUCUGUGCUGGCACCAAGGUGGUGGAAUGAACUUCCACUGGAUGUCAGAACAGCAGAGUCACUCACGGUCUUCAAACGUCGACUGAAGACACAUCUUUUCAAAGAGUUCCUAAACUAAUAAAAAAAAAAAAAAAGGUUCCUAGGGUUCUUAACAUGAUUAAGCUCUAUGUAUCUCUUGAUCCUAGUCUACAAACUAGCUUUGGAUAUCUUGAGUAAAUAUACAUAUACACACAUACAUAAAUAUACACUGCUCAAAAAAAUAAAGGGAACACUCAAAUAACACAUCCUAGAUCUGAAUGAAUGAAAUAUUCUCAUUGAAUACUUUGUUCUGUACAAAGUUGAAUGUGCUGACAACAAAAUCACACAAAAAUCAUCAAUGGAAAUCAAAUUUAUUAACCAAUGGAGGCCUGGAUUUGGAGCCACACACAAAAUUAAAGUGAAAAAACACACUACAGGCUGAUCCAACUUUAAUGUAAUGUCCUUAAAACAAGUCAAAAUGAGGCUCAGUAUUGUGUGUGGCCUACACGUGCCUGUAUGACCUCCCUACAACGCCUGGGCAUGCUCCUGAUGAGGUGGCGGAUGGUCUCCUGAGGGAUCUCCUCCCAGACCCGGACUAAAGCAUCCGCCAACUCCUGGACAGUCUGUGGUGCAACGUGACGUUGGUGGAUGGAGCGAGACAUGAUGUCCCAGAUGUGCUCAAUCGGAUUCAGGUCUGGGGAACGGGCGGGCCAGUCCAUAGCU